AUGCUCUCACAACUCUGGUCCCGCAUCAACCGCGACAACAUCCCCUGCCACUAUCGGUCCCUCACCGACCCAGCCGAUUCGGACUGGCGGUGCGAGACAUACCUGUACCACUGCUGCGCGCACUACACGAACCCUCACUGCUGCCACUACUGGUACCCACGCACGUACUCGCGCUGGCGGGACGAGUGCGAAUUUAUCACACCUGAGGCGUAUUUCGCGAUCCCGCAGGACCAGGGCUCUCGACCUCGACCUCGACCGCCGCUGGAGCCGGAGCCGGAUCUCUGGACGACGACGCCUACUCCUUCUGCUGCGGCGGCGGCGGCGGCGGCGGUAUCCGCUCGCUCUGUUCGGAGGGCUUGGUGGCGGGCCAUCAAGCGUGUCGGCGGGAGGGUGGUGCGACGGGCCAGAGUGUAUUGCUUUGGGAGGGAGAGUGUGGAGAGACGCGAGUUUGAGGACAGGGUUCGGAAGAGAAAAAGGGUGAUUCGGAGGAGGGAGGGACGGGUCAUGGGCGCGGUUGAGAGGGGGUAUUUGGGCAUGGGGCUUUGGAGAUGCCGGGAGGAAGAAGAGGAGGAGGAGGGGGAGGAUCAAAAUGAUGAGGAUGGAGAUGUAGAGGAGGAAGAGGAAGAUGAAGGACAAGACGGUGACGAAGAAUCGAGAAAUUGCGAUCACGACGACAACAAUCACAAUCACAACUACACCUACAGCUACAGCUACGGCUUCGGCUUCAGUGCCGGUGGCGGACCAGGAUUCGUAAACGAGACGGGUGGACCGAGGUCGAGAUGGGAAGUGAAACCCAGGGAUGCCGGUGGACAAGGAAGUUCUUCUACCCAGAUGGAUCGUUCGGGGGGGAAGAGGAAACGGGCGGGGGAAGAGUGA